AAGCCUAACGUUGGAGCAAAGUAUAAAAUACAAUACGACAUUGCCGUCUACGAAUUCUUCAGUCUCAAACGCAUUUCCAACGCCAUUAACCGCUACAACGACAGCAUCAACCGCUAGGAAUGGCGAACAACAGUAACCUUGAAGAUGUUCCCUCUGUGGAUCUCAUGUCCGAGCUACUUCGUCGCUUGAAGUGCUCCUCCAAACCUGACAAGCGUCUCAUUCUUAUUGGCCCACCUGGAUCUGGAAAAGGCACCCAGUCGCCAAUCAUAAAGGAUGAGUACUGCUUAUGCCACUUAGCUACUGGUGAUAUGUUACGAGCCGCUGUAGCAGCUAAAACCCCUCUUGGUAUUAAGGCUAAAGAAGCGAUGGAUAAGGGAGAACUUGUCUCUGAUGACUUAGUUGUUGGUAUUAUAGAUGAAGCAAUGAAGAAACCAUCAUGUCAGAAAGGUUUCAUUCUUGAUGGUUUCCCAAGAACUGUGGUCCAAGCACAGAAGCUUGAUGAAAUGCUGGAUAAACAGGGAGUUAAAGUUGAUAAAGUGCUCAAUUUUGCAAUUGAUGAUGCAAUCCUUGAGGAGCGGAUUACUGGUCGCUGGAUACACCCAUCCAGUGGCAGAACCUACCAUACAAAAUUUGCUCCUCCUAAGGUUCCCGGGGUUGAUGAUGUUACUGGUGAAUCUCUUAUCCAGCGCAAGGAUGACACUGCAGCUGUUCUGAAGUCAAGACUAGAAGCAUUUCACAAGCAAACUGAACCGGUUAUUGAUUACUAUUCACAUAAGGGCAUUGUUGCUAAUCUUCAUGCUGAGAAACCUCCCAAAGAGGUGACAGUUGAAGUCGAGAAAGUGCUGUCUUAAUAGAGUUCCCCCUUGGAUUUUCGGGCUUGAACUGCAAUUCUUUUUAAAGGAAAACUUAAUUUACCAAUUUGUAUUUUAAUACUUUUCUGAAAUCCGCUUACCUUUCAGCUUUCCUGCAAAUUCCGGCUGUUACCAAACUCAGAUUUGAAGAGUUACUUUGAUGAAAUAAAUAGUCAAUUGAAUUUGA